UGUUAUUUGAUUUGAUUUGAAAUGGGUACGGCGGGUCGCGAUUUCGAACGUCGCGAUCGGGAAGACGGAUUGCACUGUCGAAUUUGUGCGUGCGACGUUAAUGGAAACGACAGUGUCAACAUUUUCACCGAGGAUGGUAGACGGCACUACUUGCAGACCAAAAUACGCAAAUAUCUUUACAUCUUGGUAUCCUCGGAAGAUAAAUUAUCAAAAAUGGUUUGUUUAACGUGUAUCAAAAGAUUGGAAGGAGUACAUCGUUUUGCAAUGAUGGCAUAUCGUACACAAGAGAGAUUAAGGUUGCAAUUAUACGAAACUUUGGAUAAUAUCAAUUCUGUUCAAAAUACGGCGGGACAAGGUUUGAAAAAUACACAAGAAGCUACUAAAAAAGUAGAAGACAGAGGAUUAUUGCAUUCUAUUCUUACAAAAGGUGCCAUAGAAAUUUUAGCAGAAGGCGAAACACUUGGACCAUCCGAAUUAUCUCAUCUAUCCGAAGAAGAAAAAAGUCAUACUCCGAGUAUGGAAGAAAUGGAAGUCAAAGUAGAUCCGAUGUUAUUUUUGCAAUGCGGUAUGGAACAAUCUGCUUCAGAUAUGUCGGAUACAUCAGACAUAGAAGAAAGUCCAAUGAGAAUUCAUUCUCCUGAAUUGUCAAGUGUAACAAACAAAGAUACGGAAAUAGAAAAGGAAAUAACAAGAGAAUCUAAUGACAAUAAAUUUAAUGAAGAAACAGAUGAAGAUAAUGUAAAUACAACUAAACGAUACGAAUGUACAAUAUGUACGCGAUCCUUCAUAUCAGAAAUUGGUUUACAAAAUCAUUUAUGGUCGCAUUUGCCAAGAGAAAGACGUUUGGAUGGAAAACCUAUUUUAAGAUCUCAACAAGUUUAUUCGACAAACGGUGUGCUGCAUGCGAAUGUUGAUAACAAUUCAUCUGCCAAUUUUAUUUGUCCAAUUUGUAGUAAAAAAAUUUCUACCAAAGGAAAUUUGAAAGUGCAUUUAGAAACUCAUAGGCCUAAAGGAAAAUAUGGAUGCGAUAUAUGUGGCCGAAUCUUUAAAACACAAUCGAAUUUAUGUAGGCAUAAAGAAUAUCACGGUGAAAUUAGAUUUCCAUGUAACGUUUGCGGAAGAGUUUAUCCAACAAAUUCAACUCUUCGAGCUCAUAGUAUAACUCAUUCUGAUUUAAGACCGCAUGCCUGUCCUUUAUGUGAUAAAACAUUCAAAAGGAAUCAGGAUUUGAAAUUUCACAUAAAUCAACACACUGGUGCAAGGCCUUACCAAUGUCCUUAUUGUCCGAAAGCAUUUGCCAGUUCGGGUAAUUGUUUUUCACAUCGUAAAAGAAUGCAUCCUCGAGAAGUACAUAGAGAUAGACAAAGAGCAGCAGAUUUGAUGAGAUGAGCUGUGAAUAAUCAAGAUGACGAAUGAAGUUUUAGCUGAAAACAGUAUUUGAUAGAAACAAUUGUAUAAACAUUUUUUUUAGCUGUAUUAUACAGACAACAACAACAAAAAAAGAGCUUUACUUUUGAGAUUAACGGUGCUAAUCCACAAAGUGAUGAUGAUGAUAGUUUUAUAUGUUUUUAUUCUCUUUAAUUUUGAGAUUAAAUAUAUUGUUGCUGAUAAUGUUGAUAAUAUACUUUAUGACUCACAAAAUAUGUAUUCUUGUUUGAUGUAACAGAAUAUCAUAAGUAUAAACAAUUAUCGUUGAUAAUUAUGGAAAUACUUGCAAUAGUUGUGAGUUGUUCAUUUUCAUUACUAGUCGCACAAAAAGUAGGUUUGAAAUUUCAUAGCCAGUAGUAAAAGUUAAUGUUCCUUAUACAGUUUUUUAAGUACAUGAACAGUAUUUAAGAUAGAAAACAUAUUUUCAUUGAAGUAUAUUAAAGACAUUUUAAAGUAGUAGUAUUAUAAGUUACGAUAACGAUGAAUUAUGUUUUAUUUUGAUUUGAAUAUUCACUGCCAAAUAUAUACAUAUGUAUGUAUACUUAUAUAUGUUGACUUAUUAUAUAGUAUGUUAACUAAUUACUACGAUAAUAUGUUGAAUAUGUAUUAAGAACGUAGAAGUAGUAAUAAUAAUAAUAAUAAUAAUAAUUAAUAUACAAUUUUAUCUUUCUAGAGCUGUGAUAUGUUAAUGAUUUUUUAUACUGGUUAUGAAAUUGACAACUUAUUAGAAAGUAGAUAAAUACGAUAUUACUUGAGAGGUAUCCAACACAGUUACUGAAUUUUUUCGACAGUAAUAUGUUACAAGGUCUAAAAUUAAUGAUAAAUUAAUAUAUCGAAUCGUCCUUCACAAACAUGUAAAAUGUAUGUAAUUGAAACGAGACAUAGCGGUUCUAUAGGAACUUUAUAUAUAUAUAUAUAUUAUAUAUAAUGUAUAAUGACCAAGACGUUUGUGCAAAUGACAACAUUUUUUGUAGCUUCCGUACAUAUUUUUAGCACAAUGUAAACAUUAUCAUAAAUGUUAAGACUGUUUACGAAGAAAAAUUUUGUGUCAAAUUAGAAUAUUAUAAAUAGAAUAGAAAGGGGAAAAAGCGAAUAAUGGCCGUGACUGCAAUCUAUAACAAAUAACAAACGAGUAUGAUUAUAAAAUAAUGCAGUAUUAAAAACAAAACAAAACAAAACCAAACAAACAAGAUAAGAAAAGAUAAAAGAAGACAUAGAGGCUGUAGUAGUUCAUAUAUAACACAACAAACUAUCGUAAUAUUAUUCUUGUAAGUGGAAUUGUAAUUGAAAAUGAAUGUUAACUGAAGUCUGAGUAGUUUUAGGAAGAACAA